AUGAAGCUGUCAACUGCUACUCUCAUCGCCUUCGCGGCUGGCGCUAUCGGCGCUCCGGCUGAUUUUGUCGUUCCACGACAAGCGCCAGGUGGUUGCUCAAGCGCCGUCAAGCUGGAUGCCAGUACCAAUGUUUGGACCUCUUACACUCUCCAUCCCAACAGCUUCUACAAGGAAGAAGUAGAGGCUGCAGCGAGCCAGAUGUCCGAGCCUGAUGCAACCAAGGCUCGAAAGGUCGGGGACAUCGGCACAUUCCUAUGGGCUGAUACUAUUGCUAAUAUUGCCCGAAUCGAACCCGCGCUCCAGGGCGUACCAUGCAAUCACAUUUUUGGUUUGGUUGUCUACGAUCUGCCUGGUCGUGACUGUGCGGCCAAAGCCUCCAAUGGAGAGCUUCCGGUCGGUGCUAUCGACAGAUACAAGACCGAGUAUAUUGAUAAACUUGCCGCUCUUAUCAAGAAAUACCCAAACACGGCCUUUGCUCUUGUUAUUGAGCCUGACUCGCUUCCGAACCUGGUCACCAAUGCCAACGUUGCUGCCUGCCAGCAGUCUGCUGCUGGAUAUCGUGAGGGUGUUGCCUAUGCUCUGAAGACGCUUAACCUACCUAAUGUUGUCCAGUAUAUUGAUGCUGGUCACGGCGGGUGGCUUGGCUGGAAUGAUAAUCUCAAGCCGGGUGCCGAGGAGCUUGCCAGUGCCUAUAAAAAUGCGGGCAGCCCCUCACAGUUCCGCGGCUUUGCUACUAAUGUUGCUGGGUGGAAUCAAUGGGAUGCCGAGCCUGGAGAGUUUGCCAGCCACCCUGAUGCUCAAUAUAAUAAGGCUCAAAAUGAGAAGAAGUAUGUUGAGCUCUUUGGUGCAGCCCUUGCUACUGCGGGCAUGCCUAACCAUGCUAUUGUUGAUACUGGUCGGAGCGGUAAGCCUGGCGGCCGGUUGGAGUGGGGUGACUGGUGUAAUGUCAUUGACUCAGGCUUUGGCCGACGGCCCUCUUCUUCUACUGGUUCUACUCUUGCUGAUGCCUUCGUGUGGGUCAAGCCGGGUGGUGAAUCUGAUGGAACUAGUGAUAGCUCUGCUGUCCGUUAUGAUUCGUUCUGUGGCAAGGCUGAUGCAUUCAAGCCUUCCCCUGAGGCUGGACAAUGGAACCAAGCGUUCUUUGAGAUGUUGCUCAAGAAUGCUAACCCUGCAUUCUGA